UGCUUCUCUGUCCUUUGGGUUGAUGAUGAGUGGGUGUCUCUGCGUGUGCGCAGGGCUGUGGGGGUGCCCCUGGUCUAGGUCAUGCCUCCUGCCCUUUUCCUUGGCUCGCCUUGGCUGAGGUAUUCCUGUAGUGGCGAAAGUCACAGUACGGUGGCUAGGUGGCUUUCGUCCAUAAUUCUCUGGGUUUGUGUUAACAUAAAUUGCUGGGAGUUUAGAAGCAAAGCUUUUUAUUUGUCGGCUUUUACUGGGAGGGAAGUGGAUGAAUACUCUUUUUCGCCACUCUGCCUCCAUUUGCAUUCUUUGUGAGGUCUGUCUGCCUUGUGCUUUUUGUCCCGGAUUAGUCUUGCUCAAGGAUGGAGAUUUCCAGGCGUGGAGUCUUACAGCUUUUGGCUUCCAUUAGGCAAAUUCGCUAACCUUUUAAAGGGAAAGUUUUUUUCUUCUUCAUUCCAAAAAGAUAGUAUGUAUGAAUGUACUUGAAGCUUAGUUGCAUAUGAUCAAUUAAAAGAAGAAUGAACUGUAAUCCCUGAAGAUAAAACUGGACAGCUUUUUCAUUUAGUAUCUGUAUAUUUUUAAUUAUAAAAGUUCAGGUGGAGUCUUCAGUUUAUCAGCACAGAGCGGCAGACUACCAUUUUCAGUGACGAUACCUGCUUCUUCUUUUUUGGUGUUCUUGGCAAAAAUUAAACCCAUUGCGUCAUUGUAACUCAUGUUUGGGUGUAGUUUCAGGAUACAGUCAUGGCAUAAACUUCCCACAUGCUUUGCUUAAAAAACAAAACCAACCAAACUCAACCAUUACACCGAACUUUGGACUUCUUGAAUUGAGGAAUUAGCUUUAUUUUAAUACAAAUACCUGAAGUACUCAAGAAAACAAGGAUUUUCUCAGAGGUGUGCUUACGAUUAUUUUCUUUGUUAUUAGAAGCAAACAAAACUGAGAAGUUUUGUAGCAUUUUCAAUUAUAUCUUAAGGUACAGCUAAACCAAAACAGAGUUGUACAGUCUAUUGAGUAAGAAAAUUCAUCUUUGGAAAGUAAACAUUUCUAAGUGAGUCAUAAGUAUUUGUAUACAUUCCCCUUUUCUCUUCAGAUUAGGAACCGAGAACAACAUGCCAGUUGCAGACUUAAUCAUUUAAAACACCAGUGUGGCCAUGGAAAACCUCCAGUCCAAGUUCUCCUUAGUUCAGGGUUCAAAUAAAAAGCUGAACGGGAUGGAGGAUGAUGGCAGUCCUCCUGUGAAAAAAAUGAUGACAGACAUUCAUGCCAAUGGGAAAACCCUGACCAAGGUGAAGAAGGAGCACUUAGAUGACUACGGAGAUGCAUCCGUGGAGCCCGAUGGCGAGCACGCCAAGCGAAACUGUACUUCUCUACCUGAAACUUUAAAUUUAAACCCCAGUCUGAAACACACACUGGCACAAUUCCAUUUAAGCAGCCAAAGCUCUUUGGGUGGACCAGCAGCAUUUUCUGCUCGCUAUUCCCAGGAGAGCAUGUCACCGACUGUAUUCCUGCCUCUUCCCUCUCCUCAGGUUCUUCCCGGCCCUCUUCUCAUUCCUUCUGAUAGCUCCACAGAGCUCACUCAGACGGUUUUGGAAGGGGAGUCUAUUUCUUGUUUUCAAGUUGGAGGAGAAAAGAGACUCUGUUUGCCCCAAGUCUUAAACUCUGUCCUCCGAGAAUUUUCACUCCAGCAGAUAAACACAGUAUGUGAUGAGCUGUACAUCUACUGUUCAAGGUGUACUUCAGACCAGCUUCAUAUCUUAAAGGUCUUAGGAAUACUCCCAUUCAAUGCCCCAUCCUGUGGGCUGAUCACGUUGACCGAUGCACAAAGACUCUGUAAUGCUUUACUGCGGCCACGAACUUUUCCUCAAAAUGGUAGCAUACUUCCUGCUAAAAGCUCUCUGGCCCAGUUGAAGGAAACUGGCAGUGCCUUUGAAGUGGAACAUGAAUGCUUGGGCAAAUGUCAGGGUCUCUUUGCGCCUCAGUUUUAUGUUCAGCCCGAUGCUCCCUGUAUCCAGUGUCUGGAGUGCUGUGGAAUGUUUGCUCCCCAGACAUUCGUCAUGCAUUCGCACAGAUCCCCUGACAAGAGAACUUGCCAUUGGGGCUUUGAGUCAGCCAAGUGGCACUGUUACCUUCAUGUGAACCAAAAAUACCUAGGGACACCCGAAGAAAAGAAACUGAAGAUAAUUUUAGAAGAAAUGAAGGAGAAGUUUAGCCUGAGAAAUGGAAAGAGAAUCCAAUCAAAGACAGAUACACCAUCGGGAAUGGAAUUGCCAUCAUGGUAUCCUGUUAUAAAACAGGAAGGUGACCAUGCUCCUCAGACACAUUCAUUUUUACACCCCAGCUACUAUCUGUACAUGUGUGACAAAGUGGUUGCACCGAAUGUGUCGCUCACAUCUGCUGCGUCCCAGUCUAAAGAGGCCACCAAGGCAGAGACAAGUAAGUCCACCUCCAAACAGUCAGAAAAGCCUCAUGAGAGUAGUCAGCAUCAAAAAACAGUGUCUUACCCAGACGUCUCACUUGAGGAGCAGGAGAAAAUGGAUUUAAAAACCAGUAGAGAAUUAUACAGUUGUUUAGAUUCAUCAAUCUCAAAUAAUUCUACAAGUAAAAAGAAACCUGAGUCUGCUGUGUGCAGCUUAGUGAGAGGCACAAGCAAGCGUGACUCAGAAGAUUCCUCUCCACUUCUGGUCAGAGAUGGUACUUGUGAAGACGACAAGGGGAAGAUCAUGGAAGACGUGAUGAGAACCUAUGUAAGACAGCAGGAGAAGCUGAACUCCAUUCUGCAGAGGAAGCAGCAGCUGCAGAUGGAGGUGGAGAUGCUGAGCAGUUCAAAGGCCAUGAAGGAGCUCACUGAAGAGCAGCAGAAUCUACAGAAAGAGCUUGAGUCUUUACAGAGUGAGCAUGCUCAGAGGAUGGAGGAAUUCUAUAUUGAACAGAGAGACUUAGAGAAAAAGCUGGAGCAGGUGAUGCAGCAGAAAUGCACCUGUGACUCAACCUUGGAGAAGGACAGGGAGGCUGAGUACGCGGCUCAGCUGGCAGAACUGAGGCAAAGACUAGACCAUGCUGAGGCCGACAGGCAAGAACUCCAAGAUGAACUCAGACAGGAGCGGGAGGCGAGACAGAAGCUGGAGAUGAUGAUAAAGGAGCUGAAACUGCAGAUUGUGAAGUCAUCCAAGACCUCCAAGGACUAAGAGCUGAAGAAGAGACACACCUGUGUGUGGCUGACAGGGCUUCAUGUUUGCCGCUUGCUUUGGACAUUGAAUUCUAACAUCUUAUUUGCAUGAAGGUAGCUAGGCAUUCUCUUUAUUUGUAUGACAGCAAAAGUGAAGAAUAUAUAUUAAUACAAAAUUUUCCAUUUCCGAAUGAAUGAAACUGUGUGCUUCUUUGUACUUUUCCAGCGGGCUUGGUAAUAAUAACCUGUGUAGUUUGAACCUGUAGUCAGUCUACCUGUAUUCCUAACAGCUGCAUACUUUCCAAAGAAAGCUGCACUCUGUGGUGGAAAUUACCUGUGUCCAUGUUAGGCAGUAUUUCAGGCUCAGCGUUAGAUACAGAGGUAAUGUUUAUGAUACAAAGCUAUUUUGUAUCCUUCUCAUUACAGACUCUUGGGAAGCCGGUUGUUAAUUUGUUCAGGUUGUAGAAUGGGUUUCUUCUGUUUCGUCCUAGAGGAAUUUGACUGAUGGAAUGAUAGUGCCACCUCCCUAACAUACGGUGUGUGUAUGUGGGGGGUGGGGUGGGGGGGGGGAGAAGGGCACCCUUUGCUGUGCCCUGAUGCUGCACACAAGAAGCAGUUGUAAUUUGUCUUUCUGUUUAAGAGUGACUAUAUCUAGAUUGUGUGUGUGAGACUUCAGAAAAUUAAAAUGAUUUCUGAACUUUUCCUGUUAACAGUGGUGUGAAAGUACUCAUUCAUGCUCACGAGGAAAAUGGAUUCCACUGAUGUACGUUGGUUCCUAUGUAACUCACAAUCCUCUUGUAUAGUUUUAUAUGUAGUCUUACAAAGGUCUUAUGAAAUUUAUAUAAUGGAUUUUUUUUCUUUUAAAUUAUAAAAUACUAAAUAUCUUGAAGAUUA